GCGCGGACUUAGCUAGUCACACAAAUGUGCAGCAGUGCACCUGUAGCUGUGGCCAUGCCUUGGUCUGCUCUCGCGCUCAUGGCCAUGCUAGCUGCCUGGUUGAUCCAUUUGGUGUUGACGAGGAGAUGGAACAGCAGUAGCCCAAGGCUGCCGCCAGGGUCGAGGGGCCUCCCCGUCAUCGGCGAGUCGCUCGAGUUCUUCCGCCAGAGCCCGUCGCUCGAGCUGCUUCCCUUCUUCAAGCGGCGUCUUGAGCGGUACGGUCCAAUUUUCAGGACAAAUUUGUUCAAUGAAGACCUUAUCGUGUCCAUGGAUCAAGAGCUAAACAACUUGGUGUUCCAGCAAGAGGAGAAGCUAUUCCAAAUCUGGUAUCCGGAGUCGUUCAUGAGGAUCCUCGGAGCUGACUGCAUCAUCGCAACACUCGGGUCCUUCCACAAGCACAUGAGGAGUCUGGUCCUUAAGCUCUUGGGCCCUGAAAAUCUCAGGCUAGUCCUGCUCCAUGAUGUACAGAAAGCAACAAGAGCCAGCCUGCUCUCGUGGCUCGAUCUGCCCAGCAUCGAACUGAAAGAGGCAACCUCAAGUAUGAUAUUCAGCGUCACAUCAAAGAGGUUAAUCAGCUAUGACUCUUCAAGCUCAGAUGGGAAGUUAUGGAAGCAGUUCGACGCAUUUACUCGGGGACUAAUAGCAUUUCCAAUCUACGUUCCUGGCACAGCAUUCUACAAAUGCAUGCAGGGAAGGAAGAAUGUCAUGAAGAUUUUGACGAAAAUGCUUGACGAGAGGAAGAGGGCCUCACGUCAGGAUAGCGUUGACUUUCUCGAUCUCCUAAUCGAUGAUUUGAAAAAGGAGAAGCUUCUAAAGAACGAGAAAAUUGCUUUGGAUCUGCUUUUUCUGCUGCUCUUCGCUGGCUUUGAGACCACGUCAUCUGGGAUAACUGCCGCACUCAAAUUCCUAACGGAUGAUCCUAAGGCCCUACAGGAACUUACGGAGGAGCACGAGGGCAUCCGCAAAAGAAGGGUUGAUCCUGAUUCUGAAAUCACAUGGGAGGAAUACAAGUCAAUGAAAUUUACAUCUCAUGUUAUACACGAAGCAUUAAGGCUGAGUAACAUCGCUCCGGUAAUGUUUAGAAAAGCCAGAGAGGAUUUUCAUGUAAAAGGUUACACUAUCCCAAAAGGAUCAAAGAUCAUGAUUAAUCCUUCUAGUGUUCAUCUGGAUCCUACAGUUUACAAUGAUCCCAAUGAGUUCAAUCCAUGGAGGUGGAAGGGUACUAGUGAACCAGUUGGUGGUGCCUCCAAGGAAUUCAUGGCCUUUGGAGGUGGGGUGCGGUUGUGUGUUGGUGCUGACUUUGCUAAGCUGCAAAUGGCUAUCUUCCUUCAUUGCUUGGUUACUAAAUACAGAUGGAAAGCGAUAAAGGGAGGAACCAUGUCGCUUUCUCCGGGACUGCAAUUUCCUGGUGGUUUUCACAUCCAACUUCUCCCAAAAGCUUAAUUUGUGACGGAUUGCUGCAAUGUGUACAGUGUUUCUAUGUAUGCCUCCAUGUGGUGUAGUCGUUUAGUUUUCUACCAUGUGGCUAGUGAUCGUUUCAUGGAACGAAGAUUGUCUAUAAGCCCUUCAUUAUGAAAAUUAAGGGCUAGUGAUUAUAAACUAUAUGUAUUUCUUAUUUAUUUCUCCUUGUGCGACCUAAAUGUAUGAUUUUCUAGAAAACAUGUAUUUCUUUUACUACACUCCCACAUAUUCUGUCCAGUGUGUAUUUCUUUU